CGGUGUAUUCUCUCAGUAUGAGGAUGGGGAGAAAUCAUUUCACAGUGUAUUUGGUGACCGCUGCCUUCCUGGUUCACGUGACCUUGCAAGGUGAGCACCAGCGGCGUCUUUAUAAGGAUCUCAUGCAGAACUAUAAUCCUUUAGAGAGACCUGUGUACAACGACUCUCACUCCCUGACUGUUCACUUUAGUAUCAGCCUCAUGCAGAUCAUGGAUGUGGAUGAGAAGAAUCAGGUUUUAACAACCAACAUCUGGUUACAACUGUACUGGGUGGAUUAUUAUCUACAGUGGAACCUGAGUGACUACCCCGGAGUGUCCAAUGUGAGGUUUCCUGAUAAUCAGAUCUGGAGACCUGACAUUCUCCUCUAUAACAGUGCUGAUGAGAGGUUUGAUGCCACUUUUCAUACCAAUGUGUUGGUCAACUCAUCUGGCUACUGCCAAUAUCUACCCCCAGGAAUUUUUAAGAGCACCUGCUAUAUUGAUGUGCGCUGGUUCCCCUUCGAUGUUCAACGCUGUGAUUUGAAGUUUGGAUCUUGGACUUAUGGAGGCUGGUCUCUGGAUCUGCAGAUGCUGGAAGCAGAUAUCACAGGCUACAUAGGCAAUGGAGAGUGGGAUCUAGUGGAGGUUCCUGGACGGAGAAACGAGAGGUUUUAUGACUGCUGUAAGGAGCCGUACCCUGACAUUACCUUCACGUUAGUGAUGAGGAGGAGAACGCUCUACUACGGCCUGAACCUGCUCGUCCCCUGUGUGCUCAUCUCCACCCUCGCACUACUGGUAUUCCUGUUGCCUGCUGACUCAGGGGAAAAGAUCUCUUUGGGAAUCACUGUGUUGCUGUCACUGACUGUCUUUAUGCUUCUGGUGGCUGAAAUAAUGCCAGCGACAUCAGAUUCAGUGCCUCUGAUUGCUCAGUAUUUUGCCACCACUAUGGUGAUUGUUGGACUCUCGGUCAUUGCUACAGUGCUUGUGCUACAGUAUCAUUACCAUGACCCAGAUGGUGGCAGGAUGCCAAAGUGGACCCGUGUGGUGCUGCUGAACUGGUGUGCCUGGUUCCUGCGUAUGCGACGCCCGGGUGAGCAUCACGUCCACACAGCCUGCCACAACAAACCUCUACACAGAGGCAGUGUGUCCAGUGUGGAGCUGUGUGUUGAUCAGGGGACACUCCAAGCCUCGAACACCAACACACUCUACAUCGGCUUCAGAGGCACAGACAGAGUUAACUGCUCCAGCUCAGCUGAGUCGGCACUGAUUUGUGGUCGCUUCAUGCAAGCCAGUGAAGAGGAGGCGUUGCUGUCGGGGGCCACAGUGGCGCCGUUAGGGGCCAGAGGCGGGCACCCCAGAGGUAUGGUAGGAGGAUCUGCAGUGACUGAUUUAGCAAAGAUUCUAGAGGAAGUGAGGUACAUCACAAGGAGAUUUCAAAACCGGGAUGAAGACGCAAGCAUGUGCAACGAGUGGAAGUUUGCAGCAGCAGUUAUCGAUCGUAUGUGUCUGAUGGCUUUCUCAUUCUUCACAAUACUCUGCACUUUUGGCAUUCUCAUGUCCGCUCCUAACUUCGUCGAGGCGAUUUCUAAAGAUUUCUUCAGUUAGUAGAAAGAGCCGUAUACACUCACAUAGACAUAUUUGGUGUUGUUUUUUUAUAUAUAUACACACGCUACUGUAUUUCUGCCAUAACACUAACAGGAACAGUCAGUGACAGUGUUUCUGUGACCUGUGGGUUAAUACACACAGGAGAAAUAACAUGCAGGUUUAAAUGCAGUAUUUUUCAAACUGAUCUCUAUGUACCACAUCUGUGAAUAUGUACCAAAGGCAGUAUUUUUGAAGCAGAGACUGACAGUUGUACUGUAUGUGACUGUAUAGCAGUCCUGCAAUGUAUAGCAGUCCUGCAAUCCCAUCCAGAGCGUUUUCCUGCGUCACACCCAAUCUUUCUGGGAUGGGCUCUGUAAGCCCGCCGCAAGCCCGAGGAGAACAUUCAACAUUCCAACCCCAGGGGUGCGAGGCAAACGUUCUAACCACUAAACCAGAUGAUGUUUUACCCAGAUGAGGACGGGUUCCCUUCUGAGUCUGGUUCCUCUCAAGGUUUCUUCCUCUUAACAUCUUAGGGAGAUUUUCCUCGCCACCGUCGCCACCGGCUCGCUCAAUAGGGAUAAAUUCACACACUUAAAAUCUGUAUCCUCUAUUUAUAUAUUCCUGUAAAGCUGCUUUGAGACAAUGUCCAUUGUUAAAAGCGCUAUACAAAUAAAAUUUAAUUGAAUUGAAUUAAGCUACCAUGAAUAAUACAGAUUUAGAGAUUAAUAUGUAAACACCUUUAUAAACAACAACGGCCCUUAUACUUGAAUUAGAAAUGAGCUUUGUGUAAUCAUACACACACACACACACACACACACACUACAGAUGUGGUAAAUAGAGAUUUUGUCGAAGAACGCUUGAGUGUUCAUUUUAAAGGAAGCAUAAUACUACUUCCCAGUCACAUAAAUAGUAAAGUAUCACAGUGCUGUUAAAGUGUUCAAUAUUAAUGUCACUGUGUGUUGUAGGUUUGCAGAGACAUAAUGGUGGAAAUAGCUGACCUUCAUCGCUCUGUCAGUUACUGUAUAUAAGUUCACAUGAGUUAGCACAAAUUCUCUGAGUAUCUUUACACAUCUGAGAUUUUCAUCAUUUACGAAGCACACCAAUAGGAAUUUGCCAUAUACAUGCACAGUCCAAACUUGUUGAACUCCUGCAGUCUGAUUUGAUCACUUUUAUUGCCAUAGGUCAGUCAGAAAUGACACAGAAUAACAAUUAAUAAGGAAACAUGAAUCUUAGUAUUUAAGGAUUUAUGCACUCUGAGAUUCUAAAUAGCUGAUGCCCUCGUUCACUGAAUUACUUACUCACUAUAUAUAAGUAAGUAAGUCACUGUAAACCUAGAUUUGUCUUAAAGUUGAUAUUAGAUCGCGGUUAUAUAUUAGACAAAUAUAUGUUGUGCCUAAUUAGAGUGAUCCAGAUCUGUGUUUUCCAGUUAGAGCUAGAAUUUUUUCCAAUAAAAAAAAAAAAACACUUUUCGUAUAAAUCCAUUUCUUAUUUAGA